UUUCCCACAUCCAAACGUCACUUCUUAUUUUUCCCAUUUAGAUAUAUUUAUUUCAUGUUACAGCCUCUGAUACUUGAUAGUGAUAUUGUAGAACUGCUACUAAAUUUUAUUUUUUGGCUUCUUUAAAGAUGUUUAUGGCAAUAAAAGUUUAAACUGUUCUGGCCAUCGAAAGCCGAUCUUCAUUUCUGCUAGCGAUGAACGUCAGGGGUCGAGACUGCGUUACACUCUGUCUCAGCUUUUAGUUUUCCAAAAUCCUUGGUCUCCGUUCUCAACACAGAUCUAGACUAGAUCUAGAGUCUAGAUAUUAUCUAGAUCUAGAUCUAGAAAUCUAGAUCUAGAUUCUAGUAGAUAUAAUUCUAUGUCUAGAAUCUAGGAGCCUGAAAGAACUUCCAUAGUGGUGUGUGCUUUCUAAUAUUGUCUAAGGGUCAAGUGGGGAGUUCAAAGAUAUUGGUAAUUUAUCAACAACUACAAGAGGUCUAAGUGACCACACCAGUAUGGCCAGUGGAAAAGACUUAUCAAAAUGUUUUACAGGUACACAUGAAGUACAAGAAUGUCUUGAAGGUCAAGAAAAAUCCUGGCCAUAAAAACUUUGUACCUGUAAAUCAGUUAAGUCUUGAACAUUUUCUUGGUUACCGUGACAACGAUGUGUAUGACCUCACUAAAGUCCUGGCUGACCAAACUGUCAGGAUAGCCGUUAAGUUGACCAGUCCAGACAGACCAGAGUUUGUACCAGGCACUAAAGAACCAUAUCCUUGCUACAACACCAGGGGACAGAACUCACUGAGGACAGGGACUGGGAAGGUGGAGAGGGUGACCAAGUACACAGAGGGGAUGGACGGCUACAGAACUUGUCCAUGUCCUGAAUGUGACCACUCGGACACACCCAGCAAUGUGUGGUGGGAGGUUAGUGUGUGGACAUCCACACAUGUGGUGUUUGAUGAUAGUGAGGCGAGGCAGUCCAGCUGUAGGUUGUGGUUUGAUGAUGAUAAAAGUCCAGUGGUCAAGAUUUAUGGGUGGGAGGUGGGCGAGUCAGACACUGAGGAAGACGUGUGUAGUUUGUAUUGUGUGACACAUGACGUAGAUGUAGGUGGUAAACUGGAGGAGAUGGAGUGGCGGUUUUAUGGUCUAUGUAAGAAAGUAGAGGACAAAUACAAGAGUCGUAGAGAUGUGGUCAAGCUGACCAUUAUAGUGUCACAUCCUCAUGGCUGUUCUAAGCAGGUCUCUGUAGGUCACUGGGUGGACAGGCAGGCGGGGCGUGACAUGACCAGGUACACGUACACAACGGCCACCUGUCCAGGUAGCAGUGGGGCUAUGGUCUACAGACUGGGGUGGGGCUGGGGGUCUGACCAUCCCCACAGUGGAGCUAACUCUGGUGGAUUAAAUUAUAGUGGGGUGUGGUGGGAAUUGGACUUGUAGUUGUCUGCUCUUGUAUAGAAUGUAAACAAACAUGGCGCCUGUUGAAUGUCUGCCUUUUCUAGAAUGUAAACAAACAUUGCGCCUGUUGAAUGUCUGUCUUUUCUAGAAUGUAAACAAACAUGGCGUCUGUUGAAUGUCUGUCUUUUCUAGAAUGUAAACAAACAUGGCGUCUGUUGGAUGUCUGUCUUUUCUAGAAUGUAAACAAACAUGGCGCCUGUUGGUUGUCUGUCUUUUCUAGAACGUAAACAAACAUGGCGCCUGUUGAAUGUCUGCCUUUUCUAGAAUGUAAACAAACAUGGCGCCUGUUGGAUGUCUGUCUUUUCUAGAAUGUAAACAAACAUGGCGCCUGUUGGUUGUCUGUCUUUUCUAGAAUGUAAACAAACAUGGCGUCUGUUGGAUGUCUGUCUUUUCUAGAAUGUAAACAAACAUGGCGCCUGUUGGUUGUCUGCUCUUAAAAUAUUUCUUGACAUUAUUGUAGAGCUUUAUUAAACUUUUAAUUAAUUAUCUCGUUAUUUUUAUCAGAGAAAAAGUUGUUGAUUGUUUGAUUGGGAGUGGAGAAAAAAAAAUGUCACAAUUUUUGUUGUAAA